GACGAUGGCCGCAAACUGAUGUGUCUGGACGAGAGGUUCGGGAUCCAAGCAGGAAAGUGCGUUGUCUUGUCCUUCGGGAUAAAUAACGAGUGGUCUUUCGAAGAUGAUGUUGAGAAGUUGGGUUGUAAGGUGUACGCCUUCGACCCCACCAUGGGCAUGGAGAACCACCAGAGGACGCCGAGCAUCCGGUUCUUCAAGCUGGGCAUCUCGGACGUCGAGGGAGAAAAGAGGAUCGGCAUGAACCCAGUUGCGACGGACUUCAACUUUCGCAAGACGUUCCCCGUCGACCGCUACGAGAACAUCGUCCGGCGUCUGGGACUCGAAGGCCGCGUCAUCGACUACGUCAAGAUGGACAUCGAACUCGCCGAGCUGGACGUCCUGCGCGACCUGCUGGACAACUCGCCUCGCCUCCUCAGGAACAUCAACCAAUUAGCCAUAGAAAUCCACCACGAUUAUCAACUAGGGUUAGGAGUGCAAGAGACUUUGGCCCCAACAGCACCGUAA